AUGCAGAGUCGUGACGAGGAGGGAGAGGAUAUAUUCUUAGACUCUUUAGAAUUCGUUUCGACUGCGUCCGAUUCCCCAUCCGCUGGAGAGGCCUCGACUCCAGAAGCUUCGUCGAACUGGGAAGUUGUGAGCUCGGAUUACGAAGUAUGGAUCCACGAGCUUAGGAGCAUCCGCGAACGACGCUCAAGGUUUCUCCGCAGAAUGCGCUUUGACGACAUGGUACUCUCUGAAUUACUCCCCUCUCCGGAGAUCGAGCGUUGCAGGGGCUCCCCUCACCAGAUCGAACCAGACCGGGCCAUGGAAUCCUGCAGCGCUGAUCUGGAUUCCUUAUGCUGGAGUGGCGACACAGAGAAGGGAUGCCAUGAAGGGCGAGGAGAGGCAUUUCUGGCGCACGAGCUCGGCCAGAAGGAUCUACUUUGUGCAAAACUCAGGGAAAUCGACACUGGAAGGCUAGUCAUCUGGGAAGAGUUUGAGCUAUCUCUAGGAUUUCCUGGAUGUAGUCAGCGGCUUCAGCUGAAGCAGAGCGUCACCCAUGGGGAGAAGCCAGAUGGGGAGAUGGAAUCGAGGAAGAAGAACCUGAGAAGCUGGUGGAAGGGAUUCUCAGCAGCAAGGUGGCAUUUACGAGACCUCUGCAAAUGCAGUGCACCCAGCCAAGUCUCUCGAGGGCAGAAACCAGGGAGAAGAAGCAAGUUCCAGGAGCGCUGGAAAGGGGACAAGCAGUUCAAUUCCGCAUCCAUGCGCCAGGAGUUCCCUGCCCACAAGGGCUCCAUUGGGACCAUGAGAUUCAGUCCAGAUGGGAGGUACCUGGCGACCGGCGGAGAAGAUUGUGUGGUGAGACUUUGGCGCGCUGUGGAAGAGGAGGAGGACGAUUCCCAUCUGGUCAUCAGAGGCAGAUAUCUAGACUCGGCUCCCAGUGAAGUCCCCAUCAAGAACUUCAAACUCUCAGAAACGCCUUUGCAGGAACUUCAUGGCCACACGAGCGAUGUUUUGGAUUUGACCUGGUCUGAAUCCAAUGUGAGUUCUUCCCGGUAUCUAAGCCCACUUUUUCUGAUAAUUAUAUGUUCCCCUCCCUCACCCAAAUCAAAACCAGAGAAGAAGCCCAGCAGGUUGGGCCUGGAUUAACGUGUGAAUUGUGUUAAUCUCUUACUGGGGUUCAUGAAUUUCGUCUGCUGCGAUAUUUUAUCUUUUUCUUUUUUGGUUGCAGUAUCUGCUCACCUCAUCCAAAGAUAAAACUGUUCGCCUGUGGCAUGUUGGUCACAAACACUGCCUUAAAGUUUUUCAACACAACAAUUAUGGUACGGAGGCUAAAGCUCAGUUCCCUUCCCUGUGCAAGCUGAUUAUUUUAGUUCAGAUCAGCCAUGAAAGAAGUAUCUUGCUCUCUCUCUCUCUCUUUCUCUCUCUCUCUCUCUCUCUCCCUCUCUCCCUCUCUCUCCCUGUGCGCGGAGAGCAGUCACCUGCGUCCAAUUCAACCCCAUCGACCACGGCCAUUUCAUCAGCGGCUCCAUAGAUGGGAAAGUCCGAAUCUGGGGGAUCUCAGAGGCCCGCGUGGUCGACUGGGUUGACAUCGGAGACAUCAUAACAGCUGUUUGCUAUCGGCCAGAUGGGGAGGUUCUCAUCUUACUUUUUGUUCUUUCUCCGAAUUUUCUGGUGGGCAAGUCUGUGGAUUCUCAGCUGCAUGUAGGGUCUGUCUUGACAGGGAUUUGUUGCUGGCUCUGUGACCGGCAACUGUCGCUUCUAUUUAUCAGGUACUGAGAAUACCUGAUGCUCGUGCCUCGCUUGGGCUGCCAUUUUUCUCAAGGAAUCGGUUUCCCUUCAUGGGCAUCGCAUUCAGAUGGAGGAGCAUGAGGCAACUCCAUCUCUUUUCUGCAGGUGAUACACUGCAGCUGGAUCAAGAAGUAAAAAUCCGUGGCAGAAAGAAGCCUGCUGGGAAGAGCAUCACUGGGUUUCAGGUCAGGACGGGUCUCAUUUCAUCUGUGUAACAAUUUAUCAAAAAUAGCUUUUUUAUUAAAAAAUGUCGAUAAUUUUUUUAUUUUAUUAUUUUUGUAUGCACAGUUCUGCCCUCAUGAUUCUGAAAAGAUCAUGAUCAGUUCAGCUGACGGCAAAGUGAGGAUCUAUGAUGGGGUCGAAGUCAUCAACAAAUAUAGAGGUAUGCGAAGCCCAAAAAUUUAUAUUUUCUGCUUGGAUUCGUGGGCUCCAUAGAAAACUGGUUUAGGUUUAGUCGGCGCUAUAGAAAAAUUAGGGAAAUUUCUGAUCGAUCUAUGUAUCCUCAAACCUUCAUAAGGUUUUUUCUUGGCCGUCUCAAAGGGCGAAUUCAUUAAAUUUUCGGCGAAGUUGGAUAGAACUCCACUUUAAAAAAUCAAAUCACACAUAAAUUCACCGCCACAACUCAAGGGCUCCUCCUCAUGUUAAACAGUGCUUAUUCCAUUACCAUUAUUAUUUAUGUUCAUACUAUUUUUGAAUAUAUAUAUAUAAUAGUUUUUUAUUCGAGGAUCAGUAUUAGUGGAGAUGAAGAGGGGUGGCGCGGUGGACUGACCUUGUGAGAGAAAGAGAGAAGAGAUCUAUGCCCCCUCCGUCCUGCGACAAGAGCCUACGAAAUUACCCUGCUGGUUAGCAUGGAUAUUACCCAGGAAUCAUGGUUAAAUCUCUGUGAAACGUUUGAUGUGAAAUCCAGAAUGGGUCUGCGUGUGCUCCUCCAUUCACUACAGUUUUUUAGUGGGUAUUUUAACGCUCUCUCCCCCCAUCCCUUCUUUCUACCGAGGUUUUCAGCGUUUUCCUUUUAGAUUUCAGUGAUUUCGAUCGAGCUGGAGCCGCAAAGGCAGUCUGUUCUCCUCUUCGUAUUCCUCCGGACGAGUUCUUAGCCUCAGAUAUCCUGCGACUGUGGGGAUUCUCAUCUUGUCUCGAAUCCGCAGGCCCCAGAAGGUCAAGAAGUCAACUCUCCGCGUCAUUUACCUCCGACGGGAGAUACAUCGUCUCUGUUGGAGAUGAUUGCGCAGUGUGCAUCUGGGAUCAUAGCGUCUCUGGCGCAGCCUCCUCCAGUGGGGACAAAUCAAGGGGCCCCUGUGAGUGCUUCUUCUCCGAGGCGGCCUCUGUCGCCGCCCCAUGGCCAGGUCGGGGCCCGAGAAACCUCAGUCCGGAGCCCUCCGCCUGGUUCAGAGACAUGGAGCGCUUCUCCCUGGGGGCCUGGUUCUUCGCCGACUUCCCGGCGAGGGUUUCAGCGACAUGGCCCGAGGAGAAACUUUCUCUCGGCCGCCCUCCUCCCUCCGGCGGCGCCUUCUGUCGAGCCCGGAACGUGGUCUCUGUCUCUGCUGACGCGUGGAGCGGAGUUAUCGUCACAGCGGGCCACGACGGCGUCAUCAGGUCCUUCCAUAGCUACGGGCUGCCGGUCAGGCUGUGA